UUUUGUACCAAUGUAAUGCUCCUCUGCCUUGAUUCCCUCACAGGUCUGGGCUACACUGGGCUUCCCAAUGGAUUUCACAGCUUCCCUGGAGAAUCCCUGUCCUGCCCUGCAGCCCAGCAGCCCUCAGUGAGCAGCCUGAGACAUUCCUCUGUGGGGGAAGACUCUACCCAUCCCCUGCUGGGGCCUGACGAGCAGUCCCACACCUACGUCAACACCGGCGAGCCGGAGCCGAGGGGCCGCCACUGUUUGCACUCCCUGCCUGAAGCCCACCCUCCUUUCCCCCCUAGGAACCACAGCUGCUCCCUGGAAGACCGAAACCCCCAGGUCUUCCUGCAGCCAGGGGAGGUGAAAUUCGUGCUGGCUCCCACCUCGGGUUACCGCCGGCUGUGCCGGCAGCCCCGGCCAUGCCGGCCUCACCUCUGCGCCCCCAACAACAACAACAACGAGUGCCAGCAGGGCUGUCCGUCCCCACAGUGUGUCUAUGAGAACCUCAACGGGCUGGUGGUGCCCAGCAGCUCGUCCCUGUGCCGGGCUGGCCGCUCCAAGGCGUCCCGGAUCAGCCUGAAGAAAGGCCUGUCCAUCCGGGACCAGAUGAGGGCAGCUGGGGUGCUGGAUGAUUUCCUGAAGCACAUCAAAUACGAUUCGGUGAAGAAAUACCAGCCCAGCCAGGGGGCUGUGGUGAGGGAGCCCAUAGCCAACCACCUGGAUUUCCUG